CUGGAGCACUCUACUCUAUCGCUCGACGAAGCCAGCCGGCAUUGCGUGGCAGGCCUCCAGAGCGGCAUCACACCAUUUGUACGAGUUCCGCACCAGUGUGGUAACGGGUUCGUGCAGCGUGUACUUGAUGGCGGUGCGAUGGGAGUUGUGUUCCCUCACAUUCACAACGUCGACGAUGCCAAAUCCGCCGUCGCCAUCUCCAAAUAUCCCCCUCUCGGUGUCCGCUCUAUGACGGGACAGCUACCCCUAUUCGACCUAAAGCCGACGCCUGUCGAUAGCAUCAUCGACCAGACCAACAAAAUCGGAUCUUCAGUGAUCCUUAUGAUAGAGACGCGCGAGAGCGUUGACAAUGUGAACGCCAUCGCCGCUAUCGAAGGCAUCGACGUGCUCUUAAUUGGCUCCAACGACCUCGCAAUCGAGCUCGGCGUCCCCGGCGACUUCGGCAGCAAGGCGUAUCGCAACGCACUGGAAUCAGUCAGCUCCGCUUGCAAGGCCCACGGCAAGAUAUUCGGCCUGGCUGGGGUUUACGACGCGCCAGAGCUUCAGCGAUGGGCCGUUGGUGAGCUAGGGGCGAGGUUCAUCCUGGGACAACAGGAUUCGGGACUUCUGGCGUCGGGGUCCAAGAAAUGUAUUGAAUCUUUGAAUAGCAUUAUCUGA